GGAAUUUUAAAGAUCUUUUUAAGUUUUUAGAAAAUUUUGGAAGAGUUUUUAUUUUUUAAAAAGAAAAAUAAAAUUUUAUUUUUAAUUUUAAUUUCUAAAUUAAUUUUACAAAAAUCUUCUUUAUUUUUUAAUUUUUUGGAAUUUUAAAGAUUUUAUUAAGUUUUUAGAAAAUUUUUAUAUUUAAUAUGUACCAAAUAAAAGUAAACAUGUUAGUAAGUACGUUGAAAGUGCUAGUAGCCUAGUGGUAAAAUACCUUGUCAUUUGACCCAACGAACCUGGGUUCGAACCCAGGGGUUUACAUAUUUUUAAUUUCAAAUCGUGUAAAACGACGUCGUUUCAUCUCAUUUGAAAACGACGUCGUUUCACUUAACGUCAUCAAUAAACGACGUCAAAUAUUUCUGUUAAAUUUGUUGACGGCGUGCUAAAUUGGCAAGUCAGCGAAAACAUUGUUAAUUAAUUAUAAAGUCAAUGAAAGUUUGGUGUUUUUUUGGCCAGCCCCAAAGUUCAUGUUUGUUUUGGCAAUUCGUGUAAAGUUGAGGUUUUUUUUGGCCGAAUUCCCAUUUUUAUUUUCAUUUGACAUGCAAAUUAUCAAAACAUAGUUUAGACUAUUUAAAAAUUUCUGUAACAAAUUAAGAGUUAUGAAUCUAAAAAAAUCAAGAUAUAAAACUCACAAAUAUUUAAAUAUCUAAUGUGAAUAAUAAAUUAACUUCAAAUUCAAAAUAAACUAAAAGUAAAAAAUCAUUGUAAUAAAUUGUCAAUAACAGAAAUAAACUAACACCAAAUCACAUCAACUAAUUUCGAUUCUCUCCAUCAUCGUUCACUUCAUUUUUUUAGGUGGCAUAGUGAAAAAUCUUCAUCAAAAUCUAAAAAUCACAAAUAUAAAACUGAAAAUAGAAAACCUAAUUUCUUUGUUUUUGUCAGCACCUAAAUUUUAAUUGAAAACUUAGAAUAUAAAACAUAAUCUAAAAAAACUAAAAAAAUGAAUAAAAGUUAUUUAUUGGUUCAACCGGUAUCGGGUUCCGGGUUUUAGUAGGUUUUUGCGGGUUUUUACGGAUUUCUAAAUAUUAGAUUUUUCAUAAAUUCCAAACCGAAUUUUUUUGGGUCACCGGGUUUACCGGUUCAACCGCGGAUCCGGAUCGGAUUUCAAAACACUGCUUUCAAGUAAUUAACAAUUAAGUACUUGAUUUGGUAAGUAACAAAGUAAGUCAAAUAAUUUACAAAUACAAUUUGUUUUUUUGCAAAGAUUUGAUAAAACAAGUAUUCUUUUCAAGUAAAUUAAGUACAAGUAAUAAACUGAAUUAUUUAGACAAACCAAAAUCAAGUAGCAAAUAAUUCAAAAUCGGCAACUACUUAUUUCAUGUCCAGCCCUAGGACAAACGUCAACUAACUUAGAAAACCUAGAUAGUAUAUAUUAAUUCAGAUCGUUAUCUAGAUAUUUGGAUUCAUAUCCAAAUCCAAAUCCUUGAAAACAUAAAUUUUAAAAUAUACAUUUGAAAUCGUAAUUGAUAGAUAAUUAAAGAAAAUAGGAUAGUGUUGUCGGAUAAUGAUUAUCAUGUUUCUAAAUCUGGAAAAAUAUUGUCCUUGUCAUCAUGCACGUGUCUCUUUGACUCUCUUUCUCUGGUAUCUAAAAAGAUAAAUAAUUAACACAUCACAUUUCUCUCUCCCAUCGCUGUCCAAUUACAAAUUACAUAUUAUAAUAUAUUACUCACCUAUUAUACAGCCGAUAGAUGUUUACUUUUAAAACUUAAAAAGGUAGAAUAAAAUGUGUUACAAAAAAAAUUGAAGGUAGAAUAAAAUAUUAUUUCCAGCCAAGUUACUGCUUAAUGUGGAAAAAACAUUGUGCCUAUAAAUUUGGUGGCGAAACCCGGGUUCCUAUAUCAUAGUGAACAUGGAAGCCAUAACAGUUUUUGGACCAAAACUCGGAUCUAAACCCUCUAUUCAUUGUCAUACGAAUACAUUUACAUCAUGCAGACUCUCUAGCUUUCCGUCAGUGUCAUUUCCCGUUAAGCCUCCAAAGCUUGUUCCUUUGAAGGCCACUACUAACACUCUGGCUUCUAAAGAUGAAAAAAAUCGCAAGUUCAAGAAGUUAGCCCCUUCUGAGUGGGGUCAUCAAUUCGUCGAUGCUCAUGUUGAUGUCUCAGAAAUCGAUUCGCUUGGAAGAGAAAUCGAAGCACUCAAGCCAAAAGUGGAAGACUUGUUCUUGUCUUCCAGUGGAGUUAAUUCAACUAAAAAGAAUAUCCUUUUCAUCUACCUGCUCGUUAGCCUUGGUCUUGCGUAUCAUUUCGAAGCUGAGAUCGAGGAGAAUCUAAAAGAAGGUUUGAAAAUGUUUGAAGAGAUGUUGUCUGGUGAAGAUGAUUUGUACACAGUUUCCAUCAUCUUUUGGGUUUUCAGAACAUAUGGUCACAACGUUUCUUCCGAUGUGUUUAGGAGAUUCGAAGGAGAUAAUGGAAAAUUUAAAGAAUAUCUUACGGAGGAUGGCAAGGGUAUCUUGAGCUUGUAUGAAGCUGCUCAUAUGGUGACAAUGAGAGAUUAUAUAUUGGACGAAGCCUUGAGCUUCGCAAUGAGUUGCUUGGAGACGUUAGUAGCAAGUGGGACAUGCCAGCCUCAUCUCUCCAGGCGUAUACAAAAUGCUUUAGGACAACCACAACAUAAGAACGCGGAGAUCUUAGUUGCAAGGGAAUAUAUCCGGUUCUACGAACAAGAAGAAGACAGCGACAAGACGCUACUAAAGUUUGCCAAGCUUAACUACAAAUUCCUACAGCUGCAUUACCUUCAAGAACUGAAAGACCUCUCGAAAUGGUACAAGAAGAAAGAAUUUGAAUCUAAGUUGCCACCUUACUACAGAGACAGACUUGUGGAACUGCACCUCGUUACGCUACCAUUCUUUGAGCCAAAAUACUCACGUGUGAGGAUUAUGGUAACUAAGCUGUUCGUUGUUCAAAUAAUUCUUGAUGACACAUGUGACAGAUAUGCUUCUCUUCGUGAAGUUGAAAGUCUCGCCAAUGCAAUCGAAAGGUGGGAUCUCGAUGAUGCCAUGGAUGGCCAACCUGAUUAUUUGAAAUUUGUGCUUAAACAUGUAUUCGAUACUUUCCAAGAGUUUGAAAGAGAAGUGGCAUCAGAAUUAGGAGGAUCUUACAGCUUCGAAGCUACAAUUGAUGCGUGCAAGAGAUACGCGAGAGCCAAUCUUCAGCUCGCUACAUGGGCAGAAGCGUAUCACGUCCCUAGUUUUGAGGAGUAUCUAGAAGUCGCUGGAGUCGAAGUGGCUGUGGAUUUUACUAUAGCUGGUGUUUUGAUGGCUAUGAAAGAUAUCUGCAAGAAAGAAGCCUAUGAGUGGUUGAAAUCUAGAGAUAAACUUGUGAUAGCAAUGUGUACAGUAACAAAAGUGCUGAAUGAUAUUCAUGGCUACGAGGAUGACAUGAGCAGAGGAUAUGUCACGAACUCGAUCAACUGUUACAAGAAGCAAUAUGGAGUUACCGAAAAAGAAGCAUUUGAAAAGCUUCAUCAAAUUAUUGCAAACGCUAAUAAGAUGAUAAACGAGGAGCUUUUGAAGCCAACUAACAUGCCACGCCAAAUUCUAAAAGAAAUGCUUAACUAUCAACGUAUAACGAAUGUUAGCUACGAAAUAGGUGAUGAAUUUACCCGUCCUGGUGGAAAACUCAAGAGCCAUGUCACUUCUAUGUACCUUGAUCUUUGAGUGAUAAGUAUGUCUGAGUCUUUGCGUCAUUAUAGGAAUAAGAGACAUGUUCUCAUUAGUUUAGAAUGAGUCAGUUCUGUUUCCGUUUUAAUAGUUGUUUGUUGAGCAUUGGAAGUCAUUGAAUAAAGUAGAUCGUUCUGAAAUGGAUGCAUGGUGACUAUAUAUAUUAUUUGAAAUUUGUGGUUAAAAAUUUAUAAUUGAAUACUUCCAAGAGUUUAAAAGAGAACUGGUGACAAAAGGAGGAUCAUACAGUGUGAAAGCUACAAUUGAAAGCGUAAGCAAUCAAAUUGUAGCGAAAAUUAUUUUUUUAUCUAUUAAUAAAGAUUAUGUGUAUACAAAUUUUUGAAGAAAAAUAACCUAAUGAAAGGAAGCAUAAGAUUGUGUUCACAGAAAAAAAAAAAAGCAUAAGCAAUAUCAGUUGCAUUGAAAAACACUGGUGAGAGCAGGAGGGGCAGAAGCAAAGAGAAACUUGUGGGGUCACUUGACCCCAGUAAAAUUGGGGGAAAUUUUCCUUUUUAGUGUAUUUGUUUCUAAAAUUACUAUAACAUUUAAUCAAAAUUUGGUAUUUGACUCCAUUAAUUUAUGUUUAAAUUUUCACAUGUCCCGAUUAAUUUGUAAAAAAAUUUUUUGUUAUAAUAUAUAUAUACAUCUAAUUUAAAUAAUAAAUUCAUAUAUUAUGACCACAAUCAGAAAAAAAUCUAGUUCAGCCAUUGGGUGAGAGGGAGAGCCAACCUUCAACUCGCCAAAAUGGCGGUAUGGGGUCACAUGCCUAGUUUUGAGGAGUUAGAGCAUCUCCAACAAGUCCCUUCAUUUUUGUGGGGUCUAUCCUUAAAUUAAAGGGUCGAAUGGGUGAUUCUCCAAUGGUGACCUUCAAAAAAUUUUCUCUUAGAAACUUAUAUUUUACACUAUAGUCUUCAAUUUCAGAAAUAUUUCAUUUUAUAAAUUAACAGUAAACCCAUAUUAAUGUAUGGUAUUGACAUAAUUAGUAAACAUAUUUAAUUAUAACAUCAAAUUACUUAUAAUAAAAGAUAAUACAAUUGUCAUGUUAUGCAUUAUAAUACAUGAAGUCAUUAUAUCAUGCAAUACCUCUUUCUUCCAAUAACGUGAAGAUCCUGCGACGAUAGCAAAUUUUGUGAAAUAAUAUGUUUAUAUUAUAUUUUUAUUAAUAUUAGUAUAUAUUGGUAUAUAAUAUUUAUUAAUAUAUUAUUAUUAUUUAAAAAUAUUUUUAUAAGACCACAAUUAUAAUAUUUAAAUGUCAAUAUAGUUAUAAUAGUAGAAUGCCAAAUAAUAAAUAAUAAGUACACAAUCAUUAAACGUAUAUAAAUAGAAGGACUAAAGUGAAAAGUAAACAGUGUUUUAAAGACUGCUACAAUGCCCUUUCAAAUUUGAGGGUGUACUGUUCACCCCUUUAUAAUUUGAAGGGAUGAAGAGUUGUUGGAAUGUAAAAGCCUUUAAAAAAAUAAAGCGAUAAAAGGUUCUUGGAGACAGUGUCGGCCCUGGACCCAAACAGAAGAAGCAUGGGUUUCCAGCUGCCACAAAAAUAACUAUUUAAUCGGCCACAAAAUUUUCAAAUGUGACUUUAGCCUAGUGGUUCUGAGGCAAAUUUUGACUAGGCCUGGGCAUUCGGUGGCCCAUUUGGGUUUCGGGUCGGGUGCAAUCGGGUGUCGGGUUUUCGGUUCUCCCAUAAACAGCCUCAUUCGGAUCUUUUAAUAGUUCGGAUCGGUUUCGGUGUGGUUUUUAUCGGGUUCGGUGCGGGUUUUGCAUCAUACCAAAGAACCAGUUGUACCCGAUUUACACUUCGGGUGUCGGAUCUUAAUCGGGUUUUGGGUUAAGAAACACUAAAUUGUACUAGGUUUAACACUAAUUACUUGCUAAAAAGAGCUAAGACCUUCUCUUUGUAGUCUUGUGCAUCAAGAAAGGUUCAAACGAGCUAAAUAGAAACUAAGACAUUCUCUUUGUAGUCUUGUGCAUCAAGACAUAAAUGUAUACAAGGAGUCAACUAUGAAACACAAAGUCACAAACGUAAAAACCAAACAUAUAAUUUUAUUGAAUCUAAAACCAAAUAAAAGUCAGAAUUAUUGAAAAAAAAAAACAAACAAGAUUCAUGAUCCAAAACCAAACAAAAACCAACAUUGUUCAAUGAACUGAAAAAAACUAAAACUUUCAAACUUGAAACUUCAAUCUUCAACCAUCAAACUUCAAAACCAAGACUUCAAUCACCAAGGUUGUGAACCUCAAACUCUGACAAAAGAACAGUAUACAAAAGAAUUAGUAAGAGAACACAUAUACAAAUUUUAAAGGCGAGAACUUAAGUAGAAGAAACAUACCUUUCUCAACUUUAUCAAGCUGUUCAACUUCGGCAAGAAUUUGUUCAUUUGUGAUGAUCCUUUCAGUGAGUUUAAUAUCAGCAUGCAUCCAUUGCUCACUACACAGAAGAACCUCUAUCAUGAAGUGAGUUAAGCAGCUUCUGUGCGGUUCUAAUAUUCUGCCAGUUGUGCUAAAUGCACUCUCUGAAGCCACUGAUGAAAUCUGCAUAGCAAGGAGAUCUCUGGCCAUUUCUGCAAGAACCGGAUACUUGAUUUUGUGCAGUCUCCACCAUGACAGAAUGUCAAACUCAAUUCCCGGUAAGAGUUUAGGAGUCUCAACAGCUUCCUUCAAGUAAACCUCAAGUUCAUCCCUUGUGUCCUCACCUUUUUCAGCUACAAGUUCCUUGUACACAGCAUCCAUCCUUUCAUACCCAAAAUCAUCAACGACCAGUUCCAUUCUUUCUGAUGCUUGCUCCUGAGACUCUGGAACAGGGACUCUAGACGCCUUAGUUGACUGUGCUGGCUGGCCAGAAGACUCUCUAAAACGCAAGUUAUACUCCUUGAACAUGCUCUGGAGAAGAUCAAUCACUGAUCCUAGCAUUUCCUUAGCCUCAUAACUGUCUUUCCCAUACAGUUUCUCAAAACAUAGCUUAGCAAAAUGCAUCUUAUUCCUAGGAUCAAAGACUGUCGCUAGGAUCAACAUUUUAUUAAGACCCUUGAUACAUUCCCAGUACUUCAAAAACUUCUUCAACAUAUCAGAUGCUGUCAACUUCAACUCAGAAUCUAAGCUAUUUGCUAAACUAGUGAGAUUUCUCUCAAUUGUCACUAUCUCACCGUAGCAUUUGUAUGCAUUGACCUUAGAUGAGGCAGAGACAAUCAAAGUGCUGUUGUAGAAGAUGACCAAAAACCGAAUCAGCUUCUCAACGCCACUCCAGUCGCUAGCAGCAGGUGGUCCACACCUCUUAACCCAAUUUUCUACUUCCAAGAAGUAGUCAUUGUACAUCCUAUCCUCUGCUUCCAUCUUAUCAAAUGCUACCUUAAACUGUAAUGCUCUAGAUAGCAUAAGAAAAGUUGAAUUCCACCUAGUCUUUACAUCCAAAGGCAAGCUACCACGAGUCAUCUUACCAGUUGUGACUCUUUGAUCAAAAGCAUUGACCCUACUGGUAGAUGACCGAACAUAUUGAACCGCAUUUCUGAUAGCUAAUACAUUAUCGCCUAAAUCACGCAACCCCUCCUUAGCAAUCAAAUUUAUAAUAUGCGCAGCACACCUCAUGUGUAAAUAAUUUCCAUCUAAGACUAAAGCAUCAGGGGAAAUUGAGCUAAAGACACUAUGGAACCUCCCUAAAGCAGAAGUAUUGGCAGUUGCAUUAUCUACUGUGAUGCAGAACAGUUUCUUAAUUCCCCAGUCUUCUAAACAGGCUAAAAGAACAUUAGCAAUGGUCUGACCUUUGUGAUCAAUGACGUACUUGAAGCCAAUGAUUAACUUCCUCAGCUGCCACAAUUCGUCAAUGAAAUGCGCUGUGAUAACCAUGUAACUUGCUCCUGAUAUGCAUGAAACACAUAAUUAAAAUGUAUUAAAAUGUAUGUAGAGUAAGUUCAAAUAUCAGUAAGUUCAAAGAGUAUCAAAACGUAUGUCUUACCUGUCACUUGAGCAGUCCAAAUAUCAGUGGUAAGGGAAACCCUUUGUUUGCUUCUGCAGAGUAAGUUCUUCAAUGCCGCUUUCUUCAUCACAAACAUCUGCACAAUGUUCCUGGUCGCAGUCCUUCUUGAGUGAGGCUUCCAGAGGUUAACCUUGCAAUUUAAAAGAGUAAAACAAUAAGUAAUUUGAGAUGACUUUAAAACGAGAAUUAGAAAUGCAAGAUUAUACAAGGUUACCUUAUCGCAGAAGUGUUUGAAAGCGGUACUUUCAAUGAAUGAAAGUGGCAACUCUGCUGACACCACCAACUCAUUACACGCUUCUUUGAAAACAUCCUCAGAAACUUUAGAUGGCUUCAGAUUUCCUUCAUUACCAAUCUGUUGUUGAUUCGUUUUCUGACCAAUUAAGAACGACUGGUGUUCUUUGCAAAUUUGCAGAUGCUGCUUCAGGUUCGACGUUCCAGACUUGGAUGCACAUGAAAAGAUCUUGUGGCAAUGGUGACAUACACACUUGUCUCGGGUCUCUUUGGUUCUUGUGAAAUGCUCCCACACACGAGACCUUGGCACAACCAACUUCUUCACCUUAUUCGCCUGAGAGGAUGAUCCAGAUGCGGCAUUCGCAUUAGCACUUGUCUCUUGGUACUCUUGGUCUUCACAUUGCAUAUCAAUCUCGGUUUGUUGGUUAUCGAAAGCUGAGGAUGUCAUCUGCAAAAAAAAAAUUAUUAGCUUUACAGAUGAGAUUGAAAACAAUAGAAGAAGUGAAGAAUUAAUAUUAGUCUUUUUCGGUUAACAUAUAUCAAAAUCAUAAACGAUGAAGUGAAGAAGUGAAGUGAAGAACUAAUAUUGAAGAACUAACAAGAAGAACUAACAAGAAGAACUAACGAUGAAGAACUAAGAUAAAAGAACUAACAUCACAAGGCUUAAUACUUAUUACACAAACUACACUAAGAAUAAUAAGGUACAAAACGCUUUAAGACUCAUCAAAAUCAUAAACGACAACUCAAGCUUCAUAUCUAAGUCUUUCAAACUUAAGACUAAAAAGCACAAGCUUUGAACCUGAAUCUAAAAGUGAAAAGAAAGAUACAUGAUUUAAAGAAAACUAAGUACCUCGGAUUGAUUACUUUCUGCUUAAAGAGGUGGAAUAGCUUGUGAAGUCUAACGAUACGCAUCAACAUAUAUACGAGAUGGACAAAGGGUUCCAUCGAUUUUUCGGGUUAUGGAAAGGAUUUCGGAAAGAAUAUACGGAAGUUGAGAUUUCGGAAAGGUUUGGUUGUGAUUUUCGCAAAGGAUCUUGCGUAUCUUGGUGUAAUCGAAAGAGGGAAACAAAAGGGGGCUAGGGUUGUGUCUGAAUGUCUCGAUGAUCUUCGGGUUUCGGAGGUAAUCAAAUGGUUCUCGGUUUUCAACCGAACCGAACCGACCACCAUUACACCACGAAAACUCAAACCGUUUGAUUUAUUUAGAAGAUCCGAUACCGAACCAAACCGGUUUUAUCGGAUCGGUUUCAAUGCGGUUGUUCGGUUCUCGGGUUAUCUGCCCAGGCCUAAUUUUGACAGUGAGAGGGGCUGGGUUCGACUCCACCAUAACGGCCUUUAUUUUAUUUUUGGCUUGUAGCCUCCAAAUGUAUAGGACCGGCUCUGUUUGGAGAUGCUCUUAAAUGUUGCUGCAGUCACUGUUUAUUUUACCUUGGAAGGUACUUUGAUAGCUAUGAAAAUAUCUGCGAGGAAGAAGCUUAAUUUAGAGACAAACUCCUGAAACUAUUUUGUACAAAUAAAGAAACUUAUGACUGCUGAAUUAUAUAUUUGGCUUUGAGGUAGAUAAGGAUUUUCCAAUUUAAUUUGAUUCUUUCGAUAAUUCAUACAUCUUGUUGUUGUUUGAUAAUAGACACGUAACAUGAGCAGAAGAUAUGUCACCGGCUCGAUCAAUUGUUAUAUGAAGCAAUAAUGGAGUUACCGAAGAAGAAACCUUUAGAAAGCUUUAUCAAAUGGCUGCAGACGUUUUGAGUUUCUGAAGACAGUCAAUGUGCCACACAAGCUUCUACAUGUAGUCAUCGACGGUUUACGUAUGGUGAAUGUUGCGUACGUAAAAGAUGAUGAAUUUACCCGACCCAGUGGAAAACUCAAGAGCUAUAUAUAUCACGCCUUUGUACGUUUAUAGUUGAGAACCUUGUUCGAGGAAAAAAGAAAAAGAAUUUGAGGACCUUAUUUUAUCAAAUUACUUUGACCAUAGGAUUAAUCUGUUCCCGAGAAUGUAGGAACACAGUUCUCUAAUGGACUUUCCGCUUUGUUUUUCUUUCCAAGUUUGUACGAACGAAUUUAUAUUAUUCUUUUAACUAUGUAUCAGAGACGUAUAAACUUUAUAAUA